AUGAGUUUGGUCCGUUAUGUAGGCCAAAUCAGACGAAGGCUUCGAUACCUCUUAACUUUCCUUAUCGCGCUCACCUUAACAGCCUCAUUAGCCUAUAACAAAGGAAAACAAUAUUCUCCAACAACGUAUGAAUCGAAAAUUAUCAACAUUGCUCAAGCGCCGGCCGGUAAAUCAUUAGGGUAUCCUUCAAUUCAAGAAUAUGUUGGCGAAUUCGAUACAGCGGAUUUGUAUAAGAGCGUUUUGGUUUCCCAACAUGGUUCCGAAAAUCACAAACCGAGAGAUCAUUCACAUGAAAAAUUGAAAGUCUUCCUCCUACCAUUCACACACGUUGAUCCUGGAUGGCUUCGUACGUUCGACUCAUACUCUGAUGACACUAAUAAGAUCUUGACGAACAUGCAUAACUUCAUGACGAAAAAUCCAAAAAUGACUUUCAUGUGGGCUGAGUUUGUUUUCUUCGAGAGAUGGUGGAACCUUCAGAAUAUUACCGUCAAAACGGAUGUUAGGAAAUUAGUUCAAGAUGGACGUUUGGAAAUGGCUUCUGGUUCAUGGGUCAUGACUGAUGAGGCUAACGCUUACUUUCCUGUCUCCGUCGAUAAUAUAGUAGAAGGACAGCAAUUCCUGCGUAACGAAUUUGAUAUACAACCAACUGUCAUUUGGUCCAAUGACCCUUUCGGUUAUAGUAAUUCAGUACCUUACCUAUUUCGUGAAGCAGGCAUAAAACGUAACGUCAUCAACAGAAUUCAUCACAGUUUGAAGAGAAAGUUGCAAAGUAAUCGGGCCAUUCCGUUCAACUGGAGGCAAUACUUCGACAAGCAAGGUGAAAUGGAUGUUCUCACUCAUGUCCUACCUUACACUCAUUAUGAUAUCUUAAAUUCAUGUGGUCCUGAUCCUUCGAGAUGUUGCGAAUUCGAUUUCAAAAGGAUGACUCACUGGUACUGUCCAGGUGGACGGCCUGAGCCGAUUACAAACUCGAACGUUGCCAAGAAAGCAAAAACGCUUGUUGAUCAAUUGAAAAAAAUGUCCGAAAUGUAUGAAGCUCCUGUGCUGCUGAUGAUGCAUGGAGACGACUUUCGAUUUGAUAUGAUUGAGGAAUGGCACCAACAUCAUGAUAAUUUCCUUCCUCUUUUCGAGGAAAUUAAUAAAAACCAUAAUGUGGAGAUAAAAUUUGGAACGUUUUCCGAGUACUUCGAAAGUUUAGAAAACUGGUAUUCAACCAAUAGCAAAACUCCAGCUGUUCUAACUGGAGAUUUCUUCCCAUAUCAAUGUGCAUUAGGAGAUCAAUGGACGGGUUAUUUUACAACAAGACCAUUCUAUAAGAGACAGGGACGACUAUUACAUAGUUUAAUUAGAGCUGCGGAUAUUGCAAUGGCUAACUUCGAAAAGAAACUUAAACCAGAUCUCGCUAAGUCGUCAUAUAGUUCACUACAAGUAGCUCGAAGAACUCUUUCCCUUUUCCAGCAUCAUGAUGCUAUCACAGGAACAAGCAAGCAACAUGUGAUGGAAAACUAUUCUCAACUAUUGCAAGAAGGUUUAAACCUUACCAAGAGUGUCUUAGAAGGCUGCCUAGAACAUGCAGUUGGUUCUGUAGUAACACUGGCACAGUUUCCAAAUUCCUUCCGUAAUACGCAAACCAAAGUUUCGCUCUCAAUGAGUAAAGUAGAGAAUGGUUUUGUUGUACUGUACAACUCUUUACCAUACAAACUACAAGACACCGUAUCUGUGCGUGUGGACGUUCCAUUUGUUAGAGUAGAAUAUAAUGGCAAAGCUGUACCAGCUCAAAUUGAACCUUUUGUUUAUCUCGGUGAAAUAGCGCAGAAAAGUUUUCUGCUUACUUUCCCUGUUGAAAUUGAUUCUUUCGCCACAGCUUCUUUCAAGCUUACUCAUGAUAGAAACUCUGGCUCGACACAGAUUGCUCAAGUACUCACAACUGGUGCUCAUGUUAGUAAAUUGAAAAUAGCUCUACCUAAAAUAUUUACAUUAACAGAAAUCCUAGAAGAACAGUUUCAUUUGAAUACUCGACACAUUAAAACAAGCCAUGACGUGGUAACGGGACUUGUUAAGAGUGUUGAACUGAUAGGAAAAUUUGAGCAAAAAUUCAAUACAAGCUUUGUCUCGUAUGACAGUCAUGGUGGUGCUUAUUUGAUGAGGGUUAAUGGUCCACCUAAAAAUUUCCUCAAUACACCAAUGCCCAAACUACUUGUCAAAGGAGCAAUUCAACAAUCUGUUCAUCUUUUCUCGAAGGAGUUAUAUAAGCGUAUUGUCGCCAAAGAGUUUUCAGGCUCGAUGACACCUCAGCUAGAGUAUCAUAUACGUAUGGACAUCAAGCAUUUACGUAAUCAGGAAGUUGCAAUGAGAAUAGAAACGAACUGGGAGAACAGUAAAUUCUACUCCGACAGUGUUGGAAUGCAGCUGAUGAGAAGAACCAACUAUAGUACGUUGUCUGUACAGGCUAACUACUACCCUAUGCCAACAGCGGCAGUUCUUGACGAUGGAGCUCAAAGAUUAACAGUUGCAUCCAAUGUUGAACACGGAGUGAUGCCGCUGAAUAACGGAAUGGAAAUAAUGAUCGAUCGUAUACUCAAUCAAGACGAUGGAAAAGGAUUAGGCAGUGAAGCAGAUUCGUUACCUCUCGAUCUCUAUCCUGUUGACAUGCAAUUUUCACUCCUAUUUGAGGAUUAUAUUAAAAAAGAAGUCAAUUCCAAUGCAGGUUCGCAUUAUACAGCUCAUUCUCCUGCUGGACUACUCUCCGUUCAAAAUUUGCUAUAUCCUCCCAUCACUACCCUUUCAAUUGAAAAGCCAUUUGAUGUUGUGAAUGACUUUGAAUUACUUCCAUGCGACUACCAGCUGCUAACUAUUCGUGAUAUUGGACUGGGAAAAAAGUUGUUGACAAUUUUCCGCAAUGGACUAGCCGAAGGAUUUGCUACACCAGCUGAAUGUGGUGUACAAUCAACGACUGCUCUGCGACAAUUUCUGGAACGCAUUGGAGUGAGGAAAGUGAAAAAGUCAAACUUAAGUGGCACAGAUGAUACAGCUGAUGAAAUAUCUGUGAAGCAGCUAAUCGUAAACUUAGAACCAUUCCGAUUCUUAUCCCUCAUUGUGUCGUAG